CCAAAAUGGACACUUAGUAUACCUUCUGAUGAAACCGCUACCCUGCUUAUAGUGGAGAAACGCAUCAAGGAAUUGCCUCCCCUCCGUGGAAUCGACCUCUGACUGAGCUUGUCACCACUCCGCUCCAUGCAGCCCGUAAUCUUCUCUCCCACUGUCUGCAUAUCAGACAUAUCCUCGCCGCCAGAGACGUCCGGCUGUGCGGCUACAGCUCACCAGCGCACACUGAGUAAGCCUGCAGUGGAGAUGGGGACACCGCUGUAACAGCAACGGAUGGAGGUUUGAAAAUACUUCCAAUACCGCACCAAGAGGAAAGGUUCCUGUUAACUAGCUGAUACUCUUACGAUAAACUGAUAACUCUUAAGAUGGGAAUAAUUCACCUCCUGUCCAUUAUGAAGGCGGCUCUUUGCAAGAUCGUCAGUCUGUGUAGCUUGGCAUGGAAUCCAUUCUUUUGGUACAAAAUCACCUGCCGUAUCUUACUGCAGUUUUUUGAAGAGAUCAUGCCAGCUAUAUCACUUGGGAAAGAUUCAUCUACAGAAGAAAAUAUGCAGAGACCAAUUAUCAAGCAGGAAAACCUUAAUUCAGAUGGUGAAGAGCUGAGGGAAGUAUUGAGACAGAUAAAGGAUAUCAGCACUUCCUCCCUUAGCAGGCAAUACAGAUAUGAGGAGAAAGUAGAGAUGCUUCAGUCUGAUCUUAUUGGGGAGAAAGAACUGUGGAGAACAAGAUACCAAGAGCUCCUUCUAGAUCAGCAAGCACUGAAAGACCAGCAAGAAAAAUGUUAUCCCUUGAAAGAGUAUAAAAAACCAGAGCACCUGGUGCCUCCAUUUGUUGAUGUUACUGAUGGCAUUCUGGAACCAGGCAAAGAUAUUAGAGAUGGGUUGCACAGAAGGCUUGGGGACAAAGUAAAAAUUUGUGCACAUGACUACAGCAACCUGACAUUAAUAGAUGGAUAUAACAGUCUAGAACAACCGCUCAUUAGCAAUUUGCCUAUUCCAAGUUCUCCAGUCAACUUUCCAGGCAGUACCAACAGCUGUGCAACACAUAAAUGUUUCCGUGUAUUUGCUCCCCGCUCACCAUUCGAUCUGAAAGUUGGUAACAGAGUAAAAGUUAUUUUACCCUCCGGUAGAAUUGGGAUUGGAGCAGUGUGUAAAGUAAGGCAAUUGCCUGGAAAAGUGGAAUUUCACGUGGGUGUGGACCUGGAGCCUCCAAAUUACUGGCAACAAGGUGGAGUGUUUAAAGGGCAACACAACUUCAACAGUGAUCCAGGCUCUGGAGUGUCUGUCCCUUUCAGUAAGGUGCUGAUGGUCUGGGAAUAAACUGAACAAAUGUGAAGCUGCUUCAACUGUUAUGAAAAUGAAUAUAUGCGUCUCAUAAUAUAAAUUUUAAAUGCAUUGGGUUGACUUACCUAGAGAAGACAAAUGAAGAACUAAUGACGCUGCAUGCCAAAACCACCAUGGAUAGACCUAGACAUGUGGAUCUUAAUCUUAGCACUACAGAUUCAAUAAAUAGUCAUUUUUAUUUAGCAUG